GGUAACAUGCUCCAAGCAAGUGACUCGAUUCAAUCUCACAUCGGACUUUCACUUCACGCUUGCCACUGUCUCUGUCUUGUUGGCUGUUGUCAAAAAUUUAAAUUAUAAUUAAAUACGUUUUAUCCUCCUUUACACCAACCACCAGCAGACCAACCAAGAAAGAAUGGCUGAAUCCACAAGUACCACCAAUAAUAAUACUCAAAUCGAAGCACGAUUUUGCGUGAUUUGUUCUUCAGCUGCGAGUAACAAGAUCGUAAAAGACGAAUCGUUCGUGCAGAUAUUAGAUUUGUAUUGGAGAGGGAUCGAAGUCGAUGUUAAGCCAGAUUUGAGCCGACGGCUUUUCCUCUGUAUCCCAUGUCAUGAGAAACUUAAUAAUUUCUACCAGAUAAACGAUAUGGUCGCUUACUUUGACGCCAAAUUAAAAGAACUCAGGAUGAGCAUUUUGAGCACAAACGUGAAAGGGAUGCUAUCCUGGCAGGAGAAAGGUUUAAAAUUACUUCCGUUCCAAGCAGAGAUUAUGAGCAGAUGGGGAGCCAAACUGGAACCAAUUAGAGAGACUGCAGACCAGGCAAAAGCUGUCCUAGCCCAAUUUACUGCUACACUUUCGAAAGAAGACGUUAAUAACGAUGCCUCAGCUAAACCAAACUCCUCGCCUGUCAACAAGCCAGCCUCAUACUCAUCUCCAAACAAUCCGAAGCGUAAAAGAAGUACAAAGGAGAACGAGCUUGAUUUAGAAUACUCGGGGGGCGAUAAUUUUUCGGACGACGGAGAUGUUAGAAGGAAAACUGGACAACAACCUUCACGUCGGACAGGCUCGUCAAGUACCACCGGAAGUAAUGUUGGGAUCACCAAUGCAGAUGAAACUAAUGUUGGAGAAGGUGAUGGAAAAUUUGAAUGCCUAAAUUGCCUGACCGCAUUUGAUGAACGAGAGAAACUCGUUAGCCACAAAAAACAGUGCCCCACUGUCAGUGCGGCCGUCAAUAUCUCAGAAUAGAUAAAAGAAGAAUCAAAGGCUGAUUUAGUUUGUAUUACACAUUUAACACCACGAACUGAUCAUGUAAACAUUAUGUAAUUCCGAGAAUCAUAUACUUUGGUGUAUGUAUGUCAUUAUUAUUAGUUUUAUUUUUUUCAAGAUUUUUUGAGUUUUCCUUGUACUUUUUCAGAAAUAAAAUUGAAUGCAAUGAAUUGUGCAUUUUUCAUACACGAAUCAUUGAAUCAUAGGAAGUAUUCUUUUUUGCACUAUUCAUACGGAGAGCAAGUUCAACUGUAUACACUGCGUAAAGUACGAAUGUCUAGUGGGAAAGGGUGUAGGUUUUCAAAAAUAUAAAUAAGAAGGUGUAUUGGAUUAAACGAAGUGCUAGUACCGAUAAGCUUUUCUCAAGUCUAGUAUUCUUGUGGGUUUAGGUCUUAGGUGGUCAGAUUUACGAGUUUUCGAAUGCCUUGUAAGCUAAAUUGAACGUAGUGCUUACUUCGGCUCAGUCGGAUUUGUUUUACUUCGAGUUCUUUGACAAAGAACAAUACAAUUAAUAUUAUAUUGUACAUUGAGCUUGUUACAUUCGUCGUAACUGUCGUAAGUUUGUGGUAAUGGCGUCUGGAGGAGUGCAACUAUCAAAUCCGGAGGAGCUUCCCAUCGAACUUCUCCACGGCGAAAUGGUUUGCAGUGGAAUAUUGGGUGGCAAAGAGGAUGACCCGAAUGAACUACUUUCAAAGUUGGAAUUUAUUGGAUUUAGUACGGGCUACAGAUUAAUUGAGAGGUUACUAAAAGAUUCGCCACGCUUUAAAGAUGAGUUAGACACUGUCAAAUUCAUAUGCAAAGACUUUUGGGUGGCGUUGUAUAAAAAGCAAAUUGAUAAUCUAAGAACAAAUCAUCAAGGAACGUAUGUCCUACAAGAUAACUCGUUUAAAUUUCUCUCCAAAAUAUCCGCCACGAAGCAGUAUUUGGAAAACGGACCAAAGUUUUUGGCAUAUACUUGUGGAAUAAUCCGAGGAGCCUUAGCAAAUCUUGGAAUUGCAUCUGUAGUAAUAGCAGAAACUGCGACAAUGCCAUCAUGUAGAUUUCACAUUACAAUUCAACGACCGUCGUAGUAAUCAAGUUGUUUUGAAACUUUUGAAAAUGACCCUUUUUCGCCCAAUUACAUUCCGUUUCCCAUCAUCAUAUUUCUUACUUAUAUACAUAAUACAAUAAAUUUAUUCAACUGUU